UAUUGCACUCUUCGUUUGUUGCAUGUAAUACCUCAGCUUCAGCCUGCACAAGCCCAGGGAGCCCGGGAGCACCAGAGGGCAGGCUCAAGGGACGGCCCCACCAAGUCCUUCUGGGGGGUCUCGAAUGGCAACUGAUACUUAAUAAGACACAAUGUGUUCUGCUGAUUCACAAUUAUGGAGACUGUGUAGCAGGAGAUAGACGAGGGGCCUAGAGAGAAAGUGCGGGCCGAAGGAGGGAUUUGCCAACGCCUGCUUCUGAGCUGGUCCCUGCAGGCGGGCACCUCGAGCAGUCUGCAACAGAUGCUGGCCGCUCCCUGGCUCAAAGGUCUACACAUGAAGUCACCAUAACGUUUAUUUAAUCCUGCUGACUUUGGACAGUCAGCUGCAUCCUGGCUUAUUUACAGUUCGGUAGCCUCGAGGACAAAGACAUAGAUGCUGGGGAUCGGGCCCAGGAGCACAUGCAUGAUAGAGGGUGGCUCCCACUUCGUGAAGACCUCAUCGUCGCGAGGUGGGGCUAAGAUGAGCAUAACCAGCGACGAGGUGAACUUUCUGGUGUAUCGGUAUCUCCAGGAAUCAGGUUUUUCCCACUCGGCCUUCACGUUUGGGAUUGAGAGCCACAUCAGCCAGUCCAACAUCAAUGGGACACUAGUGCCACCAGCUGCCCUCAUCUCCAUCCUGCAGAAGGGCCUGCAGUAUGUGGAGGCUGAGAUCAGCAUCAACGAGGAUGGCACGGUGUUUGACGGCCGCCCCAUAGAGUCCCUGUCCCUGAUCGACGCGGUGAUGCCCGACGUGGUGCAGACCCGGCAGCAGGCGUUCCGGGAGAAGCUCGCUCAGCAGCAAGCCAGUGCCGCGGCAGCGGCAGCAGCAGCGACAGCAACCACAACAGCAGCCACGACAGCGCCAGCAGCUGCUUCUCAGCAGAACCCUCCGAAGAACGGAGAGGCCACAGUGAACGGGGAAGAGAACGGAGCGCAUGCAAUCAACAACCACUCAAAGCCCAUGGAGAUCGAUGGAGAUGUUGAAAUUCCUUCCAGCAAAGCCACCGUCCUUCGGGGCCACGAGUCCGAGGUGUUCAUUUGUGCCUGGAAUCCUGUCAGUGACCUGCUAGCCUCUGGAUCCGGCGACUCCACCGCUCGGAUAUGGAACCUCAACGAGAACAGCAAUGGAGGCUCCACACAGCUCGUGCUGAGGCAUUGUAUCCGAGAGGGGGGCCAUGACGUCCCGAGCAACAAGGAUGUCACCUCGCUGGACUGGAACAGCGACGGGACACUGCUGGCUACAGGUUCCUACGACGGUUUUGCAAGAAUAUGGACAGAGGAUGGUAACUUGGCUAGCACCUUAGGCCAGCAUAAAGGACCUAUCUUUGCCUUGAAGUGGAACAAGAAGGGGAAUUACAUUUUGAGUGCUGGUGUAGACAAAACGACAAUAAUUUGGGACGCCCACACAGGAGAAGCCAAGCAGCAGUUUCCUUUUCAUUCAGCCCCGGCUCUCGAUGUGGACUGGCAGAACAACACUACUUUCGCCUCUUGUAGCACGGAUAUGUGUAUUCACGUGUGCAGACUCGGCUGCGACCGUCCAGUCAAAACCUUCCAAGGACACACGAAUGAAGUCAAUGCCAUCAAAUGGGAUCCUUCCGGAAUGUUGCUAGCAUCCUGCUCUGAUGACAUGACAUUAAAAAUCUGGAGUAUGAAGCAGGACACCUGUGUGCAUGACCUUCAGGCCCACAGCAAAGAGAUCUACACCAUCAAGUGGAGUCCCACAGGGCCCGCCACCAGCAACCCAAACGCCAACAUCAUGUUAGCGAGCGCUUCGUUUGAUUCUACGGUUCGGCUGUGGGACGUGGAACGAGGCGUCUGCAUCCACACACUGACCAAGCAUCAGGAGCCUGUCUACAGUGUAGCGUUCAGCCCUGAUGGGAAGUACCUGGCCAGCGGCUCCUUUGACAAGUGCGUGCACAUCUGGAAUACUCAGAGCGGAAGUCUGGUCCACAGCUACCGAGGCACGGGUGGCAUCUUCGAAGUGUGCUGGAACGCUCGAGGCGACAAAGUGGGUGCCAGCGCUUCCGAUGGCUCUGUGUGUGUUUUAGACCUGCGGAAGUAAACACAAAAUAUCAUAGAGGGGAAAAAAAAAAAGAAUUGUAAUGGACCAGCAGCGAAUUCAUGGGCGGUAGCACUGUUCCAACUCUCAAUUCCCAAAGCGUCUGAGUGUGACCCACGUGAGAGUGUGCUUUGACAUCAGCUCAUCCCUGGCCAAAGGCAUCCGUCUUCUUUCCUAAUCUUCACCCAGAAGUUUAAAAACCAAGCAAACCCAAACGCAUACCCACAGUCAUAUCAAGCGGUGGGUAAAGGGUCUCCACUUAGGACAUCCUGCUGGGGAAGGAUGAAGCCACCAGCGGCUUGGUUUCCAUCCACCUGAGGCUCUGAUGGCCGACGAAUGCAGGAAAGGCUGUGCCAAAAGAAGAAAAAGAGAAAUGCUGUGAGAAACCAAAAGGGGAAAGAACACCUCUCGUGGUGCCCCCACCCUGUCAAUUUGGACACUACAGUCACUCUCACGGAGGGUGUGUGCAGAGGGUGUAUUCGGAGACCAGUUUGUACCCGUGAAUGAUGCGCAACUUUGUAAUCCCAGCACCUUCUACUUUCUAGAACCUUCUUUGUUCAGUGGUUUUUCCAUUCACUGGAACUCUGUCAUCCGCAGGCCUUGGCUUAAGACGCAAACUGUUUUGAGUUGGUUGUUUCUUCCCUCCCACACCCACCCCAUGCUGUUUUCCUUUGUCUGGUGUGGUCUUGCCCUUCAUGACACCCGCAGCGGAUGUGGCCACGUGGACCUGGUGACAAAACCAUGGAUGGACAGCUCCCCCGCUCUGCCCUUCGCUCACACCUGCUCUGUCCCUCUCUCAUGGUCCUUUCACAUCUGAGUUCACAAAGGGCACUUUCGGCGUUCAGUAAGUGCUUUAUGUAAGAAAGCGGGGAGGGGGAGUUUUUACAGGAGAAAAAAAAUGACUUAUAAGAGAAAGAGCCUGGAGUAUUUUUGGAAAAAAAUAAUAUUUUUAUGUUAAAACAAUUUUAAAAUCCCAAAAUGGCCAUCAGACACAGAGAGCUUUGUGUGAUUCCUGUUUUACAAACAUUGACAUUUAAGGAGAUACAGGCAGUGGGAGGCAGCUUGCCCUUUCCCUCUGUGGUGUGGAAGGUGGCCGACAGCUGGGUGACAAGGCCAGCCGCAGGAGCUGUGCGCUCCUUCCUGUCACGCAUCUUCCUCGGCAGUGCAGUGACCCACGGGUCCACCAUCAAGAGCAUGCCCAACCGGCCCUUGUAGGGCUGACCUAAAGGCUCCGGACAGUCACUGUCCAGUGACAAAGCAGCAACACCCGAGGAAGACAUUCAGCCCCGAGGAAGACAUUCGGCCCUGAUGAUAAAUUAGUCCACAGGUACAGUGUCGCCCACCCCUUCCACUGGCUUGUUUCUUUCGGUCUUUGGAGAUGAGAGAGAUUUUUUUUUUAAACAAUGAAUCUUUUUACUGUUUUUUAAAGAUUAAACACAGCUUUGCGCUGCCCUCUUCAGCCGAGGCGGGGUGUUACUCAGAGAGUAGUGUCCAUCCACAGAGCUGGAAAUGGGCGAGGGCUUCAUCCCACUUGGGAUGUAUGGGGCUAGCCACACAAGUGGCCUCGGGGACUGGGCGGUGACCACCACAGCAGCACAAGCAGACCGGAAAGAGCCAUGUCUUCUAGUGGAGUAGUGUGUGCGGGUGCUGUUACCUGAACACUCAGCCAACAAAGCCGAAGUGCUGUGAAGUGAUGGGUCCCCUUUUUGAGUGUAACAGGUGUACCCACUCCCAGGAUGCAUCAGUUCAGGAUGCAGGCUGUUGGGGGUUCAGACAAGCACCAUCUUUAGUGCACCCCAAAUAAAUAUGCAUUCCUCUCUGCCAAGCAUUAGCUGUCCAGUUUCAGCCCAUUGUCCUGAUACGACUUGUGUAAUCCACCGUGGGUAGUGAUGGGCAUGGUGUGUAAGGGGUUCACUAGCCAAUCUGGGCCUAGAUUCCAGGACCAGAGUCUCACACCCGGGGGAGCAAAGCCACCACCUCAUCAUCUCUUCUUGCACAAAGCGGGCCACCACAUCCCCUGCUGUCCAUCAGCACAACAGAGCAUGGGUCAAAGGACGGCAGACCCAGCCGGAGAACACUGCUGCUCACACUCCGGGAGUGUGUCCCACUCUUGGCACCUCCAAUCACCUGGCCCCUGGAGCCAGCACACUCAGCUUUGCAGCCAAGGGCCAUGUGUCACGUUGCCCAACCUCGUCUAUUGCUCUGAGGGAUGCUUCAGUCUCGGUGGCCAAAAAAUGUAACCUUGCAAGCAGACACAAGUGACCACGAGCCAUGCCCAACCUGCCUGGGAAAGGGAGCUGUCCCUCAGGGACCGAGAGCGCCAUGGGCACGGGAUGGGGUUGGCUCUUCUACCCUGACAACACCGACGCUAUAGAACAUGACCUGUUCUGUCUUUCUCAAACAUAGAUCACGGAGACUAGCCAAGUGCACUUUGUCCGAUGUGAGGAUCUGCUUCGUUCCUUGUUGUUUUUCUCUUUUUUAACCUCUCGUUUCCCCUUUAUUUUGUUUUCUUUGUGUUUCUUGUGAGAUACAAAAAUGUUUCUUCCACCACUCACUGAAGUUUUGAAUUCUGGCUUCUGUGGUUUUUAUUGUCUGUGUCAGACAUACAGCCAGACGUGGUUCUCUGUCAGCAUUUUCCAGAUUCUGUUCAACAGCAUUGACCCCCCCCACCCCAGUUUUGUUCUGUACCCCUAACCCCCACUCAUCCCUCACACUCUUGGAGAGAAAAAAAAUCACCUUGUGUGUCGUAGCUCAUUUUAUUUCCAGAGAGAAUCAACAGAUCAUAUUCAGUGUCUUGAAUAAAUUGCUCUAUUUUGAUAUUAGAGAA